UUCACCUUAGCUCCAUCUCUCACUCCACACAGCUCCCACUCGCAACGCUUCCGUAGAAAGCUCAGAGCUUGGACACCCCACCACCAUGACUGAACUCAUCUCUCUCAUGGACAUCGACGAUGUCGGCACCGGAGGUGGCGAUGCCACUAAACCCCUUUCCAAACCCAUCAGUGAUCCCAAAAACGUCGCCACCUCCGUCUCCGCCAAAGCCGCGCCCUGGGUCGAGAAGUACCGCCCUCAGUCCCUCGCCGACGUCGCCGCUCACCGCGACAUUGUUGACACCAUUGAUAGAUUAACCAAUGAGAACAGAUUGCCGCAUCUUCUACUGUACGGCCCUCCUGGCACAGGCAAAACUUCGACCAUUCUUGCUGUGGCGCGCAAGCUUUAUGGGGCUCAAUUCCAUAACAUGAUUCUGGAGUUGAAUGCUUCUGAUGAUAGGGGAAUUGAUGUUGUGAGGCAACAGAUCCAAGAUUUUGCUAGCACUCAGAGUUUCUCGUUUGGUGCAAAGGCAUCAGUAAAAUUGGUAUUGCUGGAUGAGGCAGAUGCAAUGACAAAAGAUGCUCAAUUUGCUCUGCGAAGAGUGAUUGAGAAAUACACAAAGAAUACAAGGUUUGCUCUUAUUGGUAAUAAUGUCAACAAAAUUAUUCCAGCACUACAGUCACGAUGCACUCGUUUUAGAUUUGCUCCUCUUGAUUCUGUUCAUGUUACUGAGCGACUCAAAUACGUAAUUGAGGCUGAAGGGCUCGAUGUAUCUGAGAAUGGCUUGGCAGCACUUGUACGGCUUAGCAAUGGUGACAUGAGAAAGGCUUUGAACAUCUUGCAGUCAACACAUAUGGCUUCACAGAAGAUAACAGAAGAAGAAGUGUACCUGUGCACUGGAAACCCAUUGCCCAAAGACAUCGAGAAAAUAUCUCAUUGUCUUCUAAAUGAGUCAUUUUCAAAGUGUUUUAAAGAUAUAUCUGAUAUGAAAUCAAGGAAAGGAUUGGCCAUAAUAGAUAUUGUACGAGAAGUGACAAUGUUUGUCUUUAAGAUAAAGAUGCCCGCAAAAGUUCGCGUUCAGUUGAUUAACGAUUUAGCAGAUAUAGAAUACAGAUUGACUUUUGGGUGCAAUGACAAGUUACAACUUGGAUCGCUUAUUGCUUCAUUUACACAAGCUCGAUCUUCUCUAGUGGCUGCUGCAUAGUAGUAAUCUGUCUAAUUUUUUUCUCAUCAACUUUCUUUUUAGGCAAAAGGGUUUGUUUCUCAUUUGUUCAUUGAUGCAAAUGUGGAUAUGAUGCAAAUUUGGUGAUGUGCUUGUGGAAUAGGGAAAUGGCUUCAAGGCAGAAUGAAAAAAACCUUAUCUUGAUGUUGCUUGCAAGUAGUGAGAAUUUUAAAAUGUAAAGUUUGUUAAUUUGCAAUGGAGCCUAAGUCAAGAUGCCAUUUAUAUAUGUACAAUAUUUUAA